CGGCCGCCAGGCAGCGGCGGGGCCGGGCGGUGUCCGCCCGCCGCUGCCGCUGCCGGCGGGAGGCUGAGUUUGAGUCGCGGCCGCGGCGGAGCCGCCGGGCGGGAGGGCUGAAGGUUUUGAAGCAGAUGUUGGAAGAUGUUAGCUGUGGAUACUGGGGUUGUGGAGGAGUGGUUAUCAGAGUUCAAGACACUGCCAGAAGCAUCCAUAUCCAGCUAUGCUACCAGCUUGAAAGACAAGACUGCUUUGAUUUCAUCUCUUUACAAAGUAAUUCAGGAGCCACAGAGUGAACUUCUGGAGCCAGUUUGCCACCAGCUCUUUGAGUUCUACCGCAGCGGCGAGGAGCAAUUGCUGCGGUUUACGCUGCAGUUUCUGCCAGAAUUGAUGUGGUGCUAUCUUGCUGUCUCAGCCAGCAGAGAUUUGCAGAGCAGUGGAUGCAUAGAGGCUCUUCUCCUAGGAGUUUAUAACUUGGAGAUAGUUGACAAAGAGGGACAUAACAAAGUGCUGAGUUUCACAAUUCCAUCUUUGUCCAAACCUUCGGUCUAUCAUGAACCUUCCAGCAUUGGCUCCAUGGCUCUCACGGAAGGAGCUUUGUCGCAGCACGGUUUGUCCAGGGUUGUGUACAGUGGACCUCAUCCUCAGAGGGAGAUGCUGACAGCCCAGAACAGGUUUGAAGUGCUGACUUUCCUUCUGCUCUGUUACAAUGCUGCCUUAAGCUACAUGCCUGCAAUGUCUCUUCAGUCAUUGUGUCAAAUUUCUUCAAGAAUUUGUGUCUGUGGAUAUCCUCGCCAACAAGUGAGAAAGUACAAGGGAGUCAACAGUAGGAUUCCAGUUUCAUCUGAAUUCAUGGUGCAAAUGCUAACAGGGAUCUAUUAUGCCUUUUAUAAUGGAGAAUGGGAUCUGGCUCGUAAAGCUAUGGAUGACGUUUUGUACAGAGCACAGCUUGAGCUGUAUCCAGAACCUCUGCUGGUUGCUAAUGCAAUAAAAGCUUCACUGCCUCAGGGUGCCAUGAAAUCUAGUAAAGAAGGUACAAGAUGCAUUCAGGUUGAAAUUACACCUACUUCAUCCAGAAUAUCAAGAAAUGCUGUGACUAGCAUGUCUAUAAGAGGGCAUAGAUGGAAAAGGCAUGAACAACCAGAGAAUGAUAAUUCUGACUUAGCAAUUGAAGAAGAACUGAUAGAAGUAUCUGAAACCGAUGAAGGGUUUUACUCUAGGGCUACUUCUGGUACCAGUCAGUCUGCCCUGUCUAACAGCAGCACCACGAGCAGCAAGAACCUCUUAGGGAAGAGCCAACGAAGGUCUGGAGGAAGCAAACCUGGAGGAAAAGAAAAAGAAGGGGAAACCUGCAGAGAGCAUUUAUCACGGAAACAAACUCAGAGAGCCAUGAGCGAGAAUCUAGAGCUUGUCUCUCUGAAGAGACUGACACUGACAACCAGUCAGUCCCUGCCUAAGCCUGGCAGCCAUAGCCUGGCCAGAACGACCACUACUGUGUUUAGUAAAUCCUUUGAACAGGUCAGUGGUGUCCCAGUUCCAAAUAAUCGUGGUGGUGUCUCUGGUACGGAGGCAAACAGGUUUUCAGCUUGCAGUCUUCAGGAGGAAAAAUUGAUAUAUGGAACAGAAAGAACAGAUCUUCCUAUUUUAAGCAAACAACCUAAUCAGCAGCGACCUCCUAGUAUUAGCAUAACUUUGUCAACAGAUUGACAUUAAAUUGGCCAGUAUAAAAAAUAAAUUACUGAGACUUUAUCCUGAUAUUGGUACAUUAAGCUCUUAAUAUGCCAUACAUUACUUCCUUAAGUCUCAAACCCGUAAAUUCUUACUUGGCUCAUGUUUGACAGUAACAGUGAAUAUAUGUAUAAAUAUUUUGAUAUUCUGAUAUCUUUACAGCUUCAUGGAAAGUUUAUACCUUCACCAGCUGAGCAAGCGUUAAUUGAUUGGUUGUCACUGGCCAAGGUGUGUGGCUUCUUACAGAUGUACAAUGUGGGAACAAACAGAGUGUCUCUCCCAGAUUCUACUUUUUGUCUUCCACUUGGCAAAACUGCAAGUACUUAGGGCUUUUUUAGGAGGAGUCUUGCAGUAUUGUCAUGCAAUUUUGGAAGAGCAUUGUAAGAACAGACAUUGUCUUACAUGUGAGCUGUGCUUACAUGUAAAUAUAAACUAGAAGCAUCACUUCAUUGUUUGGUGUUCUGGUGGCUUUUGUAUUGGUAGUUAGUACAUGUAGCAAUGUUCAUAUUCCUUAUGUCUGUGUAAGUCCAAUUUUAGAUGCACUUUGGUUUAUCUGUAUGUCUUCAAAACUGGGCCUAAAUUAAUACAGCAGCAGAGCUUGUGACUGGGAAUUAUUAUCAAUUGCUGUAGUAGUCACUCUUAAGACUUAAAAAUGAUGUGACAGACUCUUUCUUUAGGAUUCUUAAAUAUCAGUUCCAAAACUACUCUCUGAAAAGUCAGUCAUCGGUAUUUUUAUUGUCUGUGGGGAAGAGAUGUGCUUGUGUAUCAAUGUUAUGUAGAAAUAUGAGCCCUUUGCACUGACACAAGCAAAUCAGGAGUGUGAAUGUGCUUAACAGGAAUUUGUUGCUUGAGACUAAGAGAAUACUACCAAAGGAUGUGUAUUUUCAGUAACUUGCAAGCACAAAGGGGAACUAUAAUGUAAAUAUCAGUAGCACUGUAAUUCCUAAGGUUUUUUAUAUCUGUUAUUUUUCUAGCUCGAAAUUCUAAACCAGCAACCUGUUCAAGGUUACCUAACCUGUUACCUAACCUUUAGCCGUCAGUGAGUUUGACAACAACUUUUAUAAUGUUAAGAUUUAAUUUAAAAUGGACAUUAAAACUUCUUAUGCAGAAAUCUGAAGAAGCAGUUGCUGACAAAGCCACUCCAGUAGCAGUUAUUAGCUGAUGAACAGACAAUAAAUUAUUAUGAGUGGAGAAGUAGGAUGAAGAUCUAAGGCAUAGUUGCUCCCAACUGUCCAGAUUUUUGCAGCUGUUAAUGCAUUAUUGUCAAGAACAUUGUAAAAAAACAAACACUAAAAUUCUGGUAGACUUUCCCAUUUGCUUGGAGAUAAGUUUAGAUACUUUUGAUUUAAACUGAAGCACAAGUAACUUUGAAACAGCUAAUGUUAUUCAGGUUUAUAGCAAUUAAUAAGCUGAUUAAUUAAUGAAAAGACUAAGUUGUAUAAUUGUACUAAUAAGACCACAGACUGGAUUUGUACAUUCUUGAGGAUGCACCAAAGUAUGCAGAAUAAGCCCAUCACUCUGUAGGUGUUCAUAUUUACAGAAUCUGAAUUUAAAGGAGCAUGCCACAAUUUCUCAUUCUUCAUUUUGUUGUGUGACACGAUUCUAUUCUAGUAAUGCAGUACUUCACCUUUUUACAGUGAAGUAUUUUCCUAAUUUUACAUGAAAACCUAUAUUCCUAAUAGAUAAACUACAGAUUUGCCCUGUUUAUUUUUUAAUACUGACCAGUGAGGAAAAACUGGUUAUUUGAGGUUGUUUUUGUAAAUACUUUCUACAGCAGAAAAUUUAGCCUCUUUUUUCAUAGGCUUUUCUGCAAUGCACAUUGGACAGGACAUUUGUUUCACAUUGACUAAUGCAUCUGGCUGCUGGACAUGCAUAACCACCAGCAGCAGCAGGGUGUUAGCAGCUGAUAGUUGGCCUUGGUUGUCUCUACACAAAGUGAAUGCAGAGCUCUUCCUUCCCUUGAAAUUUGAUCUAGAUGUUGCAAAGAAAUAACCUGCAAAACUUAAAGCAGUUUCCUAAUCUGCUUUUGCAGUGUAGGAGCUAAAGAACACAGUAGAAAAAAUUUGCAGUAAUUUAAAUUGACAUAAAACUGCAAUAGAUAAAUAAAAUUGCAGUAGACAAAUAUUUGUUGUUAUGGUAUUAGUUGUGAAGUAGUGUUGAGGGGCUAGAAUCUUUGAGAAUUCUGCUGGUUUUGCUUUGUUUCAUUUAAUUCAUAAUUGUUUGUUACCUCUAUGGUAGACACUCUUUCAAGCUGGGUGUUGGUAUGAAAGAUAUUCAUUAUACUGGGAAGAUUUAGCUCUAAAUAAUUAGGAUUUCAAAUUAGAAUCUAAAAUGCCAUAAAGUGUAGAUAUGUAACAUAAUGUUUCCAGUACUCUUGGCUACAAGCCAAAUGGUGUUGAAAUGAAGUUUGUUCAUCUUUUAUCCAGCUGGUCUGGCUUGAACCCAAGACAUAGGCUCUUAUUGGUACAACUGAAAUAACAUAAAUCUUCAUACUUGUUUGAGAAAAUGAUAAAAGGAAAGGCUCUUGGUACUAAAGACUGUUCUGUCCAUACAUAUGUGACUUCAUAUAAACACGUUUGUAUUGGUCCCUGGAGUAAUUGCCCAGUGAGGAGUGUGUUUUUGUGAGCUGACAUCUCGCCUUCAUACUGAUCCAGUCUAAAGAAUUUCUUUCUUGAGUACCAAAACUUUGAGUUGUGCUUCUUUCUUUUCUUAAAAAUUGAAAAGUUAAAAAAAAAAAAAAGGCACAAGGGAGAGUGAGGGCAGAAUUAUUUGUUGACCAAAUAUCCAUGGUGCAGGAUUAGCAGAGGGGUGGGAAGAGUGAUGAGGGAAGUAGGGCAGGAAGCAGAUAUUUCUAAAAUUGUCAAACCUGGGGGUUUGAGCAUUAUCCAAUCACUUCAGACUGUCAGAUGGAAAAUCUUUGUUAAAGAAGUAGAUGUCUUCUAACAGUGUAAAGGAAACCCAUUAAGACACUGCAUAUUCCAGUCUGCCCUGGAGUGGGUAGUUCUGAUGAAUACCUUCCAAACAUACACAGCUGCACCAUUCUGCAGGGAAAAUGUUAUGUAGGAGUGAAUCAUCUCACAUUGUAAUAAGAGAAGUUGUUUCACUGCUGACGUUUAUAACUGACCUUACUGUUCCAAAUCAGAGGACACUGUUUCCAAGGAUGGCUUUGAACAGCAACACUUGCAAAACUCAUUGAAGCUGAGAAGAAUUAUUUCUGUUGUGAGAAUAUGUAACAUUUGUGCAAAAAGUGUAUGGCCUCUAACCACUUGCUGUAGAGCUGCAGUGACUUUUCUGAAUGGAUUUAAACGUCUUGAAUUGCCUUGAUUACCUAACAAAUUUGAAAGGUACAGAAAUAGAGCUAUUUUAGCCACAAUUCUCUCUAAGGAGGUUUCCUAUGAGAAAUUCUAGAAAUUUCUAAUGUAAUUGUCCAGUACCUUUUGUUGGUCUUUGAGACUUACCGUGCUGUAUAUAGAUGUAUAAUAUAUUGCCUUUUGUAUUUGUAUAAUUCUAAGACUAGAUGUGCACAUUUGAUAUUCCCUGAAGUCUGUGGAACAUCUGCAUCAGUCUAUAGAUGUAUGUCUUUCACUUGAGAACCUGAAUUUAAGCAACUGCACACUUUCAUUCUUCAGCUCGUUGUGUGACACUGUUUUAGAAACACAGUUUUUCACCUUUUUUGCAGUGUUCUCUUGAUUGUACAUGAAAACAUACAUUCCUAAUGUAUAGGCUACAGGAUUGUCUUUUUUGUGUUUAAUAAUUUUGGCAGUAAAAUAAAUUUGGUUUUUUUUGAAGUUGUAUGCUUUUGUAAAUACUUCGUACGGCAGAAAAUUUUGCCUCUUUACAGACUUUGUUGAAACACACAUUACAUAGCUAUGUAUUUGUUCAGUUUUCAUUCUAUACAUCCAGAAGUCAUAGUAAGGUUGACUGCAUUACUCAAAAUACGCCGAAUACCUAUUUUAUACAAUGUAGGGUCUGCAAACGCAGCCCUGUCAGGAGGGGACACCAUGGCUGAGAAACGCCGAUGGGUGAUGGGUGAGUUCAAGCAGAUGAGUUGCAAAUUGGCAGAAACAGAUGGUGAAUCCUGUCAGCAAGGCAGCACUACUUGGGCAGAUUGGUAGUUGUGGUGCUGUGAAUAUUAACAGUGGUUCGAUACACAGCCAUUAUCUGCGCUGGGCCCAGGAUAGCUCUGGGGGCUGUUCUUGCUGCUAACAACAGAAGCAAAGGCGGCAGUCAGUACCUUGGCCUUUUCUGUCAGCAGCUCCUCUGCCCCACUCAGCUGUGGUGCCUUUUUCCCCCUAGUCUUUCUGUAGCUGAUGAUCUCUCUGCUAAAUCUUUUUUUCCCUUGCUUUCCACCUUCCAUAUUCCACUUCAUUUGGGGUUUGUCUUUCCUAACCCCACCUGUGCAUGCUUGGAUGGUGCAUCUCCCCAGGUUGCCUGCUCUUGCUUCCACCUCUUGUAUGCUGCUUUUUUGUGUCUAGUCAGGAGCUCCUGCUUCAUGCUUCCAUGCCUUCUGCCACCUCUGCUUGCUUUUCUGUGUAGCCAUAGACCAUUCUUAAACCUGGAAGAGAUGGUUCUUGAACAUCCUCCAGCUCUCCUGGGCCUUUCUCUCUAGGAUGGUCUCCCAUGGCCAUCUGCAGAGAAAUUCCUGUGCAAGGCAGGAAUUUCUGUACGUCCAGGGUUGUGAUCCUGUAUUUAGUUCUGAGUUUUUUCCUUUGCCCUUACAAAUGUAGUCUCUUGUGCAAUUCUCUAGAGAAACCUGGAUGAAUGGAAGAGCUGUAGUAGAGGGGAGCAGUGGGAGAUCUCGCUGCAUAGUUUCCUAUUUUUCCUAUGUUUUCAAUGUUAAACCAUGUAUUUUGAAAGGACAAAACUCAAUUUCCCAUCAUUUAAAUGGGUGAGAAGGGAAGUCUGAUUCCAAGCAUUGGAGUAGGUAAAAGUUUUCCUUUGCAAAAGGUACAAAUUAGACUUGAUGUCUGUGAUUGUGAUUGUCCUGUAAGUGUGCAGGAUUUACAAUUUUAGUUACAGUGAGUAAAAGGCAGUGCUUAAAAUGGGCUCUUACAUUAUUUCAGGGCUGAAUAGGUAUUGAUUAGUGAAAGACAACAUGAAUUUCAAGAACUUUUCCCAAAAUGUGGUACUCCAAAAUAGUGCCUGUAUUUGCAGGAUGAGAACAUAGCUGAGAGCCUGCUGGACAAUUCCCGGGGAAAGGGGUUUAUGAAGGUAUUACAGGCAAUUAGUAACAAGUUACAGAAAUUACAUUUGUUCCUACAGACUUCACAGCUGGUUGCCUGCACUGAGCUUGUAAUAGUUGUUUUUCAUGUUUUAUGUUAAUCUGGCUCUGUAUUAAAGAUGACUUCAGUAUGGGGGUUUUCUCCCAGCCCACAGCUGCCAGGUAAUAAAUACACCUGCUAAUUCAAGCUAGUGGGAAGAAUGUCACUGUGAAACUCCAGAAGCCUUUGUGAAACAAGCCCUCACAUCGCAGAGCGCUCGCUUCGUUAGCUUGAUUCCUAAAAUAAGGUGGUGUUUAGUCAUCUGUUACUCUACAUGUGCAGGGACAAUACAGAGAUGUAAUGGUGCGGAAGGACUUGUGGAAGUCAGUCUGAGUCACGCAGCGCUUCUGACAAGCUGCCUGGUUGUUGUUCUCAUCAGUAGUGCUGACUAAUCCUGGCAGUCCCCCACACAGACUUGCUUGGUCUGGAGUAUGAGGGUAGGUUUUGUGCUGUGAGAGGGCACAUUUCAGAGGGGAUAACAAAUGUCAGCUUCUGCCUCCACAACGCACAACAAAGUAAAUGAAGGUGUGUCACGUAUUGGCGUAAGAAGUCCUUGGUGUGGGAUUAUUUCUGCAAUACAAAUAGUCAACCAGAACAAUGAAUGCUCGGUGCUUUCUCUGGAAAGAUACUUUCUUCAUGCAUGAAAUCAUGGAAUCACAAAAUGGUUUGGGCUGGAAAGGACCUUAAAGAUCAUCUGGUUUCAGUUCCCUUGCCAUAAGCAGGGAUGCCGCUCACUAGACCAGGUUUCUCAGAGCCUCAUCUAACCUGGCCUUGAACACUACCAGGGGUGAGGCAUCUACAGCUUCACCUGUUCCAGUGCCUCACCACUCUCACAGUAAAUAAUUUUUUCCUAAUACCUAAUAUAAAUUUACUCUCAGUUUGAAUCCAUUACCCCUUGUCAUGUCACUACAUUCUCUUGAACAUCAUCUUCGAUUUCACUGACUCACUAAUUUAAAAAUUACAUAUAAAACGUAUGUGUGUGUGUGUAUUUUACCUGUAUUCCUCUCAGCUAUCAAGGUGUGGAGAUUGGAGAUUGGAUACUGGCAUGGAGACUGCUGGAGCUGGCAAAACCUUGGACCAGCACUGGUGUCAAUGACCUAGAAUACCAUCUAAAGUAGAUGUAGCUAGGCAGUGAAAGGUUGUAUUGUCACUCAUAUAUUUUCUUUGUGGUUUUAUCUGCCAGCAGUAAAUUGAUUUGAGUAUAAAUUGUAAAGGUUCUUAAAAUUAUUCCUUAAAGAUAUUUUCUUUUUUUAAAAAUCACAAUAUUCCUAUUUUUUUCGUUUUGCUUUUUUAGUUGGUAAAAUGCAUUGUGUUUUCAUUACUGUUAACAACCUGCAGUUCAGACUUCAUUAAUACUUGGGAGGGAAUCAGGAUAGUAUUAUAUAUGAUAACAUUUUGUCAACCAACUGUCAUAACAAAUGUCAUCUUUCAGCCGACUCUCUUGCCCUUCAAAUGUUGGUGUGUAAGAACUGUGCUGUAAUAAAUCAGUAGAACUACUUUCACAAGGUAA